AAAGCAGACAAAGGCAAGUGGUGGGUGGCGUUGGAAGAAGAGAAAAAGGAAGAGGCGAAAAUGGCGGCGUCGGGAGGUGGCGGUGGUGGUGGUGGUGUUGGGAAUUUGUCCGGCGGCGAUCGAGAAAUUCUAGCGACGGUGAACAUGGUUGCUUCAACUUUGUCAUUGAUUGGAUCUAGCUUCAUUGUCCUUUGUUACAUUCUUUUCAAGGACCUUCGCAAAUUCUCCUUCAAGCUCGUCUUUUAUCUCGCUCUCUCUGACAUGCUUUGCAGUUUUUUCAAUAUCAUUGGCGAUCCAUCUACAGGCUUCUUCUGUUAUGCUCAGGGUUAUAGCACUCAUUUCUUCUGUGUCGCGUCAUUUUUAUGGACAACCACUAUAGCUUUUACCCUUCAUCGUACUGUUGUGCAACACAAGACUGAUGUUGAAGAUUUAGAGCCUGUUUUCCACCUCUACGUAUGGGGAACUUCUCUGGUCAUGACUAUCAUGCGCUCUAUCGGUAAUCAUCAUAGUCAUAUACGUGCUUGGUGUUGGUCCCAAACAGGCCGUGCAGGAAAGGUUGUCCACUUCGGAACAUUCUAUGCUCCACUUUGGGGUGCGAUUCUCUACAAUGGUUUUACAUAUCUUCAAGUGAUUCGCAUGCUGAAAAACGCAACUCGUAUGGCAGCUGGCAUGUCGGACCGGGCACACCAAUCUGAUGCUAGGCCAGACAUGAGAGCCUUAAACCGAUGGGGUUAUUAUCCUCUUAUACUUAUUGGCUCAUGGGCUUUUGGCACGAUAAAUCGUAUUCAUGAUCUGAUUGAACCAGGGCAUAAAAUCUUUUGGCUUUCUUUUCUUGAUGUGGGGACUGCUGCACUGAUGGGCCUUUUCAACUCAAUAGCUUAUGGUCUCAACUCUUCUGUCAGGCGGGCUAUUUAUGAGAGAUUGGAUCUAAUUUGGCCUGAGAGACUGAGAAGAUUGGAUUUGCCACUUCGGAUUUCAAAAGUUAGAGGGAAACAAGAGGAAAGUGAAAUGGUCCCCCUAAAAUUUCAAGAACAGCAACAAUAAUUUGAUACCUCUGGGUCCUGUUGUAUGAUUCCUUGAGAGUAAUGGGAAGUUUUAAGGCACAAACAAGGGAGUUUUCUCUUGUAUACAUCACGGUAUGAGUUCCAGCUUGUGGGAGAUGUUGACCUGGUGUAGCAGACUAGCUUCUGAGACUUGAACUUUGUCCAAAUAUACCUUCCAAGUUGCUAACAGUAGGCCAGCAUUGAUUGAUUUUCGAGGGGAGGGUAUCGCUUCAUUUUGGGUUAUGCAAGGAUGUAAAAGAUUUUCUGGUCUAGGGUAGCCUGUGACGGAGUGGCAAUUAUUUUAUUUCUUGAUAUGAUUUAAUGAUGUGGUGACAACUGGUGAGAGCAAUUGCAGCAAUCAUAGGUCUCCCUCUCUUGUGGUAAUUUUGAUCUACAUUACUAGUGUGAUUUAAAUAUUCUCUGUUGUAUAAGAGCUAUCAAAAGUGUUUGCAAUUGUGAUAUUGGGGUAUUAGAUUUGUGCGGCUAUUCUGCAAGUCAACCAUUUGGUAGAGCUUUUGUGACGAUAGUGCUGAGAAAUUGAGGAUAGCUGCUCCAGUGAUGAGUCAUUGCUAGUGUAGUGACUGCAAUUCUAUUAUUUUGUGGCAAAAGAACAUGAUUGUAGUUUUUGAAUUUUAUAGAAACAAAAAUAUGACUUCUGUAUUUUCCGUACCUUAAUUGUGAUCAUAUAGUCUAACUAAUAAAAGAAUUAAAUAUUAACUGUAAUAUAUUGUUGAUAUUUACUUGGUACAAGUAUUACAUUAUUAUAAUUUUACUAAAAUAUAAUUGCAUACGAACUACGAAGUACAGUAUUAUUUUGUCAAACUUAAAAAAAAAAAAAAAAAAAAAA